AAAAAGUUGAAAAUAAACUUUGUAAAAACAUAAAAUCAAAGAACUAAAAGCUAAAACUAAAAACAAGAUAGGCGACAAGACAACAAAGGACCCUCUACCAAACAAAACAAAAACAAAAACAAACAAAAAAUAAAUAAAAAAUACAACAAAACGAGUGAAAAUAGCAAAAUUGCAAUUUUCGUGAUUGGGCGUGUUUUUUGCCGUGUGCAUCUGGUGUCCGUGUCAAAGGUUGCAGCUCAUAUGAAAAUGUCGCACGCUAACCAAAAAGCAAUGACAACGAAAGCCGUAUCUGUUGCCAAGGUCGCAUCAACUAUGGAGGCCUUUCAGGCCAGCCGGACGGCAGCAUCUGCAGUUCCUGGUCCGCAAUGGGUGGUUCUCUUGUUGGCCGCCAUUUUGUUUUGCAGCAGCAGCUUUGGACUGGUCGAUGGUCUCAAGUGCCACAUGUGCGGACAGUACAACGAGGGCGUGGGAUCCAUAACUCCCUGUACGAACUACUCCAAGGAGAUUGAGCAUCUCUAUCUGAAGGAAUGUACCAAGAAGAGCGAGAAAUUCUGCGUGAAAUAUGUUAGCGAAUUGUCGACUGUACGCGAUUGUGCAACGGAAUGCGUCGAGAAAGAAAUUUGGGAAACCCAAACCUAUUGCUGCAAGGAGGAUGGCUGUAAUUCAAGUGGCUACCUCAAAUAUUCUAUUGUUUUGGUGACCAUGCCAAUCAUAAUGUGUUUUUUUUAAAUGAUAUCUCAAUAGAGCAACGUUCGUUUCAAAUUUAGAAAUUAAAUAGAGUUACACAUGAAAAGCUUUUUAAAUGUAGGCCUUUAUCUAGGUUUUGGUUAUAUACUUGUAAGAAUUCCAUGUUUCGUUAUUAAACAAUUUUUAAAUGGGACCUAAACAACAAAUUAUUGAUCAACAAAU